UGCAGAACAGCCCACACUGUCACACACAAUGUGGCAAUAAACUACAUUUCCCAGCAUCCCUCAGUCCUGCAGCUUCCGUAUUCUAUGCACACAUACAGCCUGCACCAGCAUUGAAUGGGCUGCUCCCUGUAACGGCUCAGUCCCCGGUGUAACCUGAGUGAUCCAGUCCGGGCUGUGAUCCCAGCAACCAGGAGGCAGACAGCAGCAGGAUGUACACAGAGAGCUGCUGCAGCUAGAGCCUUGUGGGGCCUGGUCACCUCGGUAGCUGCUUACUCCCUUUUACACCCUGGGCCAUGCCUCUUGAACCAGAUAAGUCACAGUCCGGAGACGAAUCGUCCAAUGAUGCCAGUAGGGCCAGCCGCGGCGACCGACCGGACGUCUCUGAGAAAUCUGUCUGUGAGCGAAUCCGACAAAACACUCCAAGUCCCCACAGAGGAAACACACCCCAGGCUAGUCCCCCGCGGUUCGUGUCCGUAGAGGAACUCGUGGAUGCCGCUAAAGGGGUAAACAACAUGGCUUUAGCUCAUGAGAUUGUGGUCAAUAAAGGAUUUCAGAUCAAACCAAUGGAGUUCCCACAGGGAAGCCUGGAAAGAACCGUUCGGGACAUUGUACAUAAAGCAUUCUGGGAUUGCUUAGAAACUCAGUUCAGUGAAGACCCUCCAGUUUAUGACCAUAUGAUUAUACUACUUAGAGAAGUUAAAGAGACCCUCUUCUCUUUCCUGUUACCUGGCCACACACGGCUGAGGAAUCAGAUCAAUGAGGUCCUGGACCUGGAUCUCAUCAAGCAAGAAGCAGAGAAUGGGGUCCUGGACAUCCCCAAGCUAGCAGACUUUACUGUAGGGAUGAUGGGGACUCUCUGUGCACCAGCUCGAGAUGAGGAAGUCAAGAAACUUCGGGACAUUAAAGAGCCAGUGCCCUUAUUCAGGGCAAUCUUCGCAGUCCUAGAUCUCAUGAAAUUGGACAUGGCCAACUUUGCAAUCGGCACCAUUCGGCCACAUCUGAUGCAGCAGUCUGUGGAGUAUGAGAGAAAGAAGUUCCAGGACUACUUUGAAAAGCAGCCAAAGUUUUUGGAAUACGCCACUAGUUGGCUUCAGGAAGCGGCUGAUGACCUGUGUGGCAAGGGCUCUGUACCGGAGGGGGCCUCUGCUGGGCCACUGUGUCCAAUCUCUGUAUUAAAUCAUGCCUACAUCAAACUUCUCACUUGGGACCAUGAAGACAGGCCGUUCCCAGAGACAGUGGUCAUGGACCAGAUCCGGUUCCAAGAGAUGAAGUUGGAGCUGACACAGCUUACCCUGCAGGGGACACUACUCCUGAUCAUACACAAUGCUGCUGGACCUGCCGUCUCCGGCCUCCCUGGCUUUGUGGACAGGAUGAAGAGUCUCAUCAGGCUUUUACUGAAGGGAGUGGGAACACCCUGUGUGAAUACAGCAGAGGCCCUGGCCACGCUUGGGGAGAAGAUAUGUGUAGAAGUGAACAGCUGCCUCAGUCAACAUGGCUACGCACCCUUCUCCACAGAGAAAGAGGAAUGUCUUAAAGGACAAAUUCAGAGCGCCUCAUCUCCUUCCAACCAGAUACACAGAUUAAUAGACUCCAGGAACCUAACAUUUUUACUGAGCUACCUGUCCGCCACCAACCAGAGAUCUGUUCCUGUAUUACCCGGAGGACUGGGUCCCAUCCAAAAAGAACUGGAAGAGAUGGCUGUGAAAUUUCUGCGUCUCGUCAAUUAUAAUAAAAUGGUAUUUAGUCCCUACUAUGACUCAAUCCUGGGAGAAAUACUGAACAAACAUAAGCCCCAGCCUUGAGCUUGUAAUCAAUACAUCGACUGAGAUGAAUAGCCAGGAAGUGCUGUCAUCACCGCUCUACAUUAAAUAGCUUUCAGUGUACGGGACACCGUGUUCCAUCACUGAUCUGUAACACAUUAAUCUCACAGACCAGACACUGAGAUUCCUACAUAAAGCGAAAGAUAAAAGCGUCUCACCGUCCUUGCUUAAAUAUUGUAUUUCCGGAAGAGACUGAAGCUGUGUUUUGCGGGAACUGCAGUUGGGAGACCGGUGUUUUGAAUCUUCAAGUGUGUGUUUAUAUCGGGGGCGGUCCUUAGUGCAUCUCUCGUGUGCAGCUUUUUUUCUUUACAUUGCGCAGAGUACAUAUACUAAUGCAUCGCUGUCCUGUAGAGGAACUGGAAUAUGGACACUGGCUUAUUAAACUAUACGGAGAGACCUGAUUGCCAAUCUGUUGCAAUAAAGUUCUUUUGCUGAGCGAAACUCGCCUAAAAAUUUACAAUUUCAACCCUUUAUCUAACUUCAAUCAGCUAGCUCUGCAAACGUCAAACCUGCUCAACCGGAUUACACUUCUUUUCCCCCUAAAACGCUUUGGCAGUAAUCACGCCACCAAAGGAAAGGAUAUAGCUUUUUACCUCAACUAUUUUGCACUUCCUAAAUGAGAUUCUCUGUCAUCUCCAGGUAACUGCACAAGGAGGAAUUCACCCAAAGGGAAUAGUUUAUAGGAAUCUGCCUGAAAAUAGAUAUCAGUGAGUUGUUUCUUGUGGAUUCCCAUUCAUGGUGGGAAAAGUGCAUCCCUAACACCAGUGUGCAAGCACUGAAGGUGUACACAGCUGCAAGCAGACUACUCGUUCACUAAGGACUAACACUGUAACUAAAGCAAUUUGUGGUUGACCACAGGAAAUUGCGUUUGUACUGUUUAUGAAAAGUUUAUAGUUUAUUGCACUUGGCUUAUGAAACAGUCACCCUACAAACAUUGAUCUCCCAAGUCAAUGAGACAUAUACAUUAUUUUCAGACACAAAACCAGAACGAACGCCCUAACGCUUCCAUAUUUACCAUAAUAGAAAGCUUUGCUUUGUCCCACAUAAGUUGGUUCUUCCGCAUUUUGUCGUCAUAAAGCUUUAAUAAAUCUGAUUUUCACUUUAAGCUACAUAUUGUAUUUGUGUCAAAACAAAUUCAAUGUGGUAACUUUUUUUUUCAUAAUUUGUUUUUUUUUUUUACACACUAAUUGUAUACGUUUAUUCUUCCAUCGUUUCUUUGUAUUCUGCAGUGUUGAACCCAAAGAAGAGACAUUGAAGCCUGUGAUAAAAUAGAUUAUAUUGUAAUAUACGAGCAUAGACCGUUGUUAAUGGUGAUCUAUAGAUUUUCUCUCUACGCAGUUGGAUAUUGAUAAUCUUCCAUCUGGGAAGAGAUCAGAGCAAUCUGUGAUUCUCCAGCUAGUAUAAUACUCCCAUUUUUGUCGCUGAAGAGUCGAGACCUAAUGUAAAGUAUUAACUCUAUGGAAAAUCGGUAUGUGGAUCUAGAGAUGGAUUUCAAAUGAGUCCUCAUCAGUAUGGCUUUAAAGGUGAUUAAUGAACAUUAAAUCAUACAUAAGCAGAGAGGUUACUUUUUAAUCAGCUGUAAAUUAUACUGUUAUAAUAACGCAGUAGUGAUGGUGUCCAUUGUAAUUGGACUACAAUAACAUCACAAUGCUGAACAGUGUUACAACUGCUGUAUUACAGCACACUACUGUUACCUUGUAAUCCAACAGUGUCCUAAUGUCACUUGUCUCCAACAUACUACACGUAAUAAGAUCUUGUACAGUAUAUACAUCCCUUGUAAAUGGGCAGGAUGAUCAGAUUCACCACGCCUCGAUCAGUGGAGUAAAGCCGCAUUGGCUGCAAAGAAAUGUUCCGCUUUAAGGCUGUGAUACAUACUGAAAAUAGCAUCUUUGUGCAAUAAAAGCUUAGUUCUGUUCAUCUUUCCAUGUACAUGCUUACAGACUAUUUUACAAAUGCAGUCUACAGAGUGGGACUUUUAAUCUAUACUGAAGUAUAAAGUGUUUAUCAAUAAAUCUGAAUUUAUUCUAUGGAAUCUAUAA